AUGGAAGAAAGUUUGGAGAGCGCCUUGGGAGAAAAUAUCCGAACACAGCCUACAUCAAUUCCGUACCAGCAGGAAUUAAAUACUAGGAAAUUUGUGGCGAACAAUCAAGAGAUUUAUACGAAUCGAGACCUACCGAGAAGAAUGAUCGGUAAGGAAGUUGAACAAAUUGACCAUGAAGAUGAAGAAAACAAAUGGGAGGACCCUAAGAAAGCAAAAUCUACUUCCUAG